GUUGAAAAUUAUGAAAAAAAAGUUCAUCAAAAGUUUCUGCAAUACAUCUUUGAUUAACAGAAAGACUUAUUGAUAGAUCUGACCAUUCGUGAACGGUUCGACCCAUGCCAGUGCUACUAUUUGAUUAAGGAGGCUUGAGAUUCAGUUUAAAAUUCCAAUGUUUGCCAAAAGUCUUCGGCUACCGAGAAGAUGCAAAUCUUUUGGUAUUCUGGUCGUACGAUGUUUUACAUCAUCAAGGGUUGUUUAUUAUCAGAGCAAGUUGGCACAAAUCAGUAGGGUGAUUGAGGAUCUGGUGUCUGGUUUUGAAAGCUCGGGCCGUAAAGAUGAGGUCAACACUGCCCGAUUCCAGCGAGAUGUUUUAAGUAGGGUGAAAGUUUUAUCACAUCCAGAUAUACAAGGGUCAAUUCCUAAGGAGGCUCUUCAGUUGGUAGAAGGAAAUGAAUUGAAAGUUAAUGUCCUACUUCAGAUUCUUCUAUGCUCAAAGAAUCAAGACCAUGAGAGAAUAUAUCAAUUCAUCGUUAAUAAUCUUUCAUACCCCUUAAAUAAUGACCUUUUGGAGUCAUUUGUUAUAUCAUUGGCUUAUAGUGAAAACAUUCUAGCGGCAACUACACUCCUUCAUGUUCUAUUUGAUAAGCAAUCGCAAUUUAAGCUCUCAAACGAGUCGUGGUCUUACUUUUUGGCUAAAGUAUGUGAACAGAGUAAUAUACAUGGUGCAUUGUUGGUCUUUAAUGAAUUAAUAGACAACCAUACUUUUUACGACGAUAAAACCUACUCUGCUUUGCUUCUGAAUGACAUAAUCCCAUUUCUCGUCUCACCUAAUAGUUUGGAGCAAUUGGCGCUUAUAUUUUUACAGCAUGAAAAUGACGUUGCAAUAGCCGGAUUACGCUCCUACUUUCAAAGGUUCUAUUCGUACAAUGGACAUUCAAAGGCAUACAUAACAUUAAGAAUAUGCUCUAUCGAGGCAGCAAGUAAAAAGGAGGACUAUGCGGGUGCUAUGGAACAUUUUGUGGACCUUGCCUGGAAAUUCACCGGCCAUAGAAAACAAAAAACAUCUUCGUAUAAUGUAAACAUAUUGAAAACAAGAGUAUUCUCAAACUAUAGAGAAAGAAGAAGAAAUAUACGGCUUGGUACGUCCUUGGAUGGUGCUACUAUUCCAGGUGAACUCAAGACUUCGAUAGAUCAUGAGCAGGACGCUGCAGCUGAAAGAUUAGAAUUGAAACUAUUCAUGCCACACGAGGAAUAUAAUGUUUACACUGCUCCUGAUCGUGAAUAUGUAUCCAUUUUAAAUGGGUCCAUACAUGUCAACGAUCUUCCCUCAUUUAAAGAACUCGUUAAGAAAAAUAUUAUAGAAACUAGACAAGAGAAUAUCAAUUUAAUCGAUGCUCUUUUGACUUCAAUUCGUAAAAGUCACUCUAUGCUUCAUCUAUUCUUCGUAUCCUCCCUAUGCGAGUUGGAUCUAUUAGAAGAAGCAUUUUCUUUGCUUUUGAAUGUUCGGAAAUAUGUACCUCGGGUACACCCUAGAGUAUUAUACAAAGAUGAUAAUUUCAUGUAUUUGAUGAAAGGAAUAUAUGAAAGAGUAAGUAAAUCAAUUAAUGAUCCUACUAUGUCUUCGUUGGCGGUACUAGAGGAUAGUUAUUACCUACUUUCCAAGGUAAAAGAAUUUCAUGAUAGGCUUACUAGACGAAAAAGGACCUUGGAUAGAAGAGCCUUUACCUAUUACAUCUCAGCAAUGUUACUCAAUCCUUCCUUGAAGUUUGAUCAAUUGAAAAUGGAAUUGAAUCAAUAUUUCCAUAAAAACAAUGUUACGAUUUAUUUAAACUCUUUGGAAUACGAUAAGUUUUCCAAAGUUUGCAUAGCAAAUCACUCGGCUGAUUAUCUUAAUUUAGUCAAGCGACUUGAUUUUUAA